GAAACGGGCUUCCAUACUAUGCAGAUCCUGGUGUAAACUGAAAGUAAAAGUAUCCUCAGAAACGCGCUUUUCCUGUAGGGAUUUAACUGCGUUAGUAAAAGCGCAUAUAUAGGCCUAUGCUGUUCAUAAAAAAAGAAAAUACAUGGCAAAAUUAGUCCGUCACAGAAACAGUUAUUAGUGUAAGAAUAAAGGUUGUAAUGCAGAUCAAAAGUUUCAACAUUAUUUUGAUUUUGUUAAAGUGCGUCGUUAACUCUGAUGGUUUCCUGCUACACGGCUCUGCUGGUCCUCUAACAGCCCGGCUGGGAGGAGCUGUACUGCUGCCCUGCUUCGUGGACACACCCCUGCCUUUGGAGGAGCUGGAGGUGGACUGGAGAAGGACUGAUUCAGACAUCAUCGUGCACCUAUUCCAGGAUGGUCAGAGCAGACCUGAAUCACAGGGGGACGCCUACAGGGACAGAGCCCACUUCUUCUCUCAGGAAAUCCCCAAAGGCAACUUCUCUCUGCUGCUUGAGGGUGUGAGGACUGCANUUAAAUGA